AUGGGUUCAUCAGCUUCUAAACCAGAGACUAAAGUCUUCACUCCAUCCACACCAAUUGAUUUCAGUGCAUCAUUUUUGUCUCAGUUGGAAAACUCGUCAGAAGUGAGUAUUUAUCCAUAUAAAAUGGAUUUAAAGUAAAAUACUAACAUUAAUAGUCUGACUAUUCUCGUGCCCAAUACACUGAAAAAUAUAUUCAGGAUAGAGUUGCUGCAGAAUUAAAGAAAUUAGAGCAACAAACAGUCAAAAACUUCCAAUCAGUAACAAAUGAUUCAUUAAUUCAAGACAAUAAGCCGGGAUUAUCAGUCAAUGCAUCAAAUGAAAAGCUCGAAAAAUUAACCAAGAUCUUAGAAGAGAAUGUUAAGUUGGCCAAGGUUGAAGUCAGCAAAGAUGUGCAAGAGGCAAGAGGAGAAGUUAUCAAAUGUUUGAAGGAUAAUAAGGGAAAAAGCUUAAACUGCUGGGAUGAAGUAGAAGCUUUCACAAAAUUAAUUAAAGAAUUAUAG